AUGGCCGCUCCACACAAGAGCCUCGCCCAGGACCUCUUCGAGGACAUGGGCCGCAAGGUCGAAGAGGCUAGCCAGAACAUGAACGGCGCAGACGAGAAGAUGGUCGAGGAGAUUGAGUCUCUCUGCAUGAACUGCCACGCCGACGGCACCACGAAGCUCCUGCUCACCAAGAUCCCCUUCUUCCGUGAGGUUGUCAUCAUGUCCUUCGACUGCCCGGACUGCGGCUUCAGGAACUCGGAAAUCCAACCGGCGGGCCAGAUUCAGCAGCGCGGAACCAAAUACACCUUCAAGCUGGACAGCGAAGCCGAUCUCAACCGCCAGGUUGUCAAGAGCGACACCUGUGUGCUCCGGAUCGAGGAUAUUGACCUUGAAAUCCCGGCUGGUCGCGGUCAACUCAGCAACGUCGAGGGCAUAGUGCGCAUGGUUCACGACGAUCUCGAACAAAAGCAAGAAGAGCGGAAAGAGCUGGUGCCCGAGGUUUAUGCUAAGAUCCAGGAGAUCCUUGAUACCAUGCAGGCCAUGCUCGACGGCAAGAAGUUCCCCUUCACCAUUGUUGUGGACGAUGCGGCUGGCAACUCCUUUGUCGAGCCCUCGACCACCGACAAGCCAGGCAAGUGGGUGAAGAACGACUAUGCCAGGACACCUGAGCAAAACACCACGCUUGGCCUUGGCGACACCAGUGCUGCUGAGACGGGCGCGCCUGAGCCUACUUUGCGCCCCGAAUACCACGCCAACCAGAUGUACCCCAAGAUGCCGGAAACCACCAACACCAACAACGUUGACGAGGAGGAUAUUAUCGAGAACCAGGUGUACUCCUUCCCCGCUAGCUGUCCCGGCUGCACCAGGCCUUGCACCACCAACAUGAAGAUGGUGAACAUUCCCUUCUUCAAGCAGGUUGUUCUGAUGAGCACCGUUUGCGACGACUGCGGCUACCGCAGCAACGAAGUCAAGACCGGAGGCGAGGUGCCCGAGAAGGGCCGGCGCAUCACUCUUGCGGUGGAAAAGUCGGAAGACCUUACCCGCGACAUCCUCAAGUCCGAGUCGUGCGCCAUGUCGUGCCCGGAGCUGUCGCUGCAGGUCGAGCCGGGCACGCUGGGCGGCCGCUUCACGACCGUCGAGGGCCUGCUCACGCAGAUCCGCAACGACCUCCGCAGCUCCAUCUUCGGCGACGAGGACGAGAAGCACGACUCCCUGGAGACGGCGGCCAAGGCCAAGUGGGACGCGUUCUUCGCGCAGCUCGACGAGGCCAUCGACGGCAAGUCCAAGUUCACCGUCAUCCUGCAGGACCCCUUGGCAAGCAGCUACGUGCAGAGCUUUACGGCGCCUGAGCCCGAUGCGCAGAUCAAGGUCGAGGAGUACGACCGCACGGAUGAGGAAGAGGAGGAUCUUGGUCUUAAGGAUAUUAAGACGGAGGGAUACGAGCAGGACGGCGAGGAGAAGGCGGACGAGCAGGCAUGA